UCGGAGCUCGUUUUUUUUCUCCCGAGUUCCCAGUUGUUCGGAACGCUCGAACGUCGGAGAUAUCCGAGUUCCCAGUGAUUUUAACACGUGGAAUGAAUAUUGGGUCAUGUUCAUUAAAGCAAGCAAUGGGAAACAUUUUGCAGCGGAAAACAAACAUGAACGUAUUUUUUUUAUUGGACGCUAGGUAGUUCCUCUCUGUUUCAGUACGUUUUCUUCCGUUUGGUGCCUAAAAAACACACACCUGACUGGAUAAAUUUGAAUAAUUGGAUAGGCUACCUUGCUAGGCUGAUCAAUAGGCUACACAGCUAAGAUUCCGAGUGCCGCCUUUGACAAGAAAUCAACGCAAUCGACAAAAUGGACAAUACUGGUGUUUUGGGAAUAUCUUUGCUCUCUAAUAAACUCGCUGAGAUUUUCACAGAGGAUUCGGAAAAUGACAGGACGUUCUAUGGGUUUUCUGACGGUGAAAGUGAUCUAUGUGAUAACAAGAGUUCAGACAGUGGCAAUCCAGUGGAUCUCAAAGGCAGCCCCAUAAAACAGCCUGUACCCUAUCGCUUCACAUUACGGGUGGUACUGCGCCCCCGUAAGCUAGCCACACCAAUUCCUCACUCCAGUGAAGAGGAGAGGAAGAUGAAGGCUGAGAAGAAGGGAACAGUCAGAUUUGAAGUUGAAGAGAAGCCUGUGACUGACGCAACACAGCCUGUUAAACAACAGUCAGAUUCUGAUUCUGAUGAUCUAGCACAGUCUGGCUCUUUUCUGGCCAAGAGAGCCCAGAACGUCAAGGCUAACAAAGCUAUGUUGGCUCAGUUGAUAGCAGACCUGCAUAAGAUGCCAGGAGCUGCCCUGCUGAAGAGUCACAAAGAAGGCAAUCUUAAAAAGGAGAAAGGCUCUCGAGCGCCCCGCUCCAAGGAAGCAGUAGAGAAGUCCAGGACGAACCCUAAGAGAUCCUCCCGGAGACUGACCCGCUCCAUGGGCGGAGCUGAGAGCUUGGAGGCACACCAGGAGGAGAGGGAGCUGGAGCUCAGUCUGGAGGAGGAACUAUUGGAGGUACGUGGUGAUCCGAGGAGGAAGGGUGCUCCGUGUCCCAAACAGGCCAAACCUCACAACAUAAGACCUGUGGAGGAGAUCACUGAGGACGUGCUACUGCUGGUAGCAGACCACACGACAGAGAAGGUGUACAACAGAGCCACAGGCUCAACGUGUCACCAGUGUCGCCAAAAGACUACCGACACCAAAACGUGUUGCCGUAGUGAGGAGUGUCGUGGUAUAGUGGGACAGUUCUGUGGCCCGUGUCUGAGGAACCGAUACGGAGAGGACGUCAGGAAAGCCCUGCUCGACCCGGACUGGCGGUGUCCACCGUGUCGAGGCAUAUGUAACUGCAGUUUCUGCCGUGCCAGAGACGGACGCUGCCCAACUGGAAUCCUAUUCCCUCUGGCUCAGUACCAUGGCUUCUCUGAUGUCCACUCUUACCUCAGCAGUCUACGCAGUAAACUGAAAAAUGGGGAGGACUGAGGAUCUAUGAAUGGGAGCGUCUUCAAUGUCCUUGUCUGACCACCAGAGGGAGCAGUUGUGAAUCCCUGGUCUGGGAAUAAGGCCGUUUGACUGGCACCUAUCCAGAUGAGGUUUAUGUUCUAUAGGGUUUAACAUUGUUUAUACUGCUGUUUUUGAGUUGAAUAUUGAUUUUAAUCUGAUUUUUUUUAAAUAAAAUACUUUUGACGGUGUCUGAGUUUAGUCAAAACCAGAUUUAUUUUAAGGUCACAUUAAAAAACAGAAUAUAUUUGAAUGUUAGUCAUUCACUUUACUGAGGACUUGACAACACCAGUCAACUCUCCUGAGAUGCCAAAGGGGCAGACAAA